GUACUUUAUCCAUGAGCCUCUCCUAAUAGUUCUCGAACUCGUUGUUUUUCAUAAAAAACCUCCCUUGGUCCAUGCUCUUUCGUCGAAUCUGUCGAUUCCGAGCCUCGAACAGAUCAUCCACCACCCCUUUGUCCAAAUCCAACAAAAACCCACGUCGGUUCUUCACAAAUAAUCCAGACCCAUUUGCGAAUCACCGCUGAAAAUCCGUUUUUUCGUUCACUUUGACGACGGAUCGAGAGUUAUGCAGAGGAACAUGAACGCAAAUCUCAUGCCUUGUUGUGUAUUGCUACCAUGCACCGUGUUGGUACGUCAAUAGAGCUGCGCCGAGGGGUUGCGAGGCUUGGGGAUGACGAGCCAGGUGGUGAAAGUUCGGAGGGAGACGCUCGCGGCGUGCAUGACAUGCCCCCUCUGUAAUAAGCUGUUGAAGGAAGCUACGACCAUAUCCGAAUGCCUUCAUACGUUUUGCAGAAAGUGCAUAUAUGAGAAGCUUACAGAUGAGGAGGUGGAUUGCUGUCCAAUAUGCAACAUCGAUCUGGGUUGUGUUCCGGUGGAGAAACUCAGGCCUGACCAUAAUCUGCAGGAUGUGAGGGCCAAAAUUUUCCCUUUCAAAAGAAGAAAGGUKAAGGCACCUGAAGCUGUGCCUUCUGUUUCAUUGCCAGUUAGAAGAAAGGAGAGGUCGCUUUCAUCUUUGGUGGUUAGCACCCCUCGAGUAUCAACACAGACUGGCUUGACUGGAAGAAGAACAAAAGCUGUUGCAAGAAAGGCUGCUGCUUUACGAGGAUCUAGCUUUUCCAUUGAUGAGCCCAUCAAAAAGGAGGAAGACUCACUGGAAGAUCGUCCAGGGAGCUCAAGCUCACCUGAGACUCUAAACAAGAUAGCUCAAAAUAAGAGACAGAGUUCAUCCACCAACGAAGCAUCUAACCACAACUCAACUGGUAAAGAUACAGAGAAUGGUGCUGAGCCAUGGGGUGGGAAAGCAGAUCUUUGGAAGCCCUUAAAUUGCCUUGUUGAAGCUGCAAAUAGAACAAAGUCCUUCAAGUUCAAUUCACAAAGCUCCGUUACCAAAUCAGAGCCAGACUCUGUCACUGGCAGUGACAUAGCUGUGCCUAAGACAAAGAUUAAACAACAGGGCCAUAAGUCAAAAGUCCAGGAUAACAAAAAUGGCACUACCCCUGCUCCUCCAGGAUCUGGGAAGCCUAGAAAGUUGCAUGGGAUUGGCCGAAAAAGGGGAUCUGCUUCCAGGGAUCUAGGCAUGUCAGCACAAUCUGUGCUUGAUGCUGCGAGCUUCAAACGUGAUAGAAGAAUUGGUCCAAUUUGGUUCUCAUUAGUGGCUUCUGAAGACCAGGAAGGAAAUGCUCCCUUGCCACAGAUAUCCGCAUCUUACUUGAGGAUAAAGGAUGGCAAUGUGCCUGUUUCAUUUAUACAGAAGUACCUCAUGAAGAAACUUGAUCUUACUAAUGAAGAUGAGAUUGAGAUCAGUUGCCGGAGUCAGCCAGUGGACCCUACAUUGCAACUGCAUGAGUUGGUAGAGUUGUGGCGACGGACAGGAGGUACAUCACAAAGAGUGACAGCAACCGUUGGCACUUCAGCCAAAGAUUUCGUGAUGGUGUUGGCCUAUGCUCGGAGGGUGCAGCCCUCUUGACAGUUGACAGCCUCCCUUCAUUCCCUCCCUCCCGCAUUAUUCUUCAACCCCACAUUCAAUAAUCUGUAUGGUCUUUCUGGAUACUGUGAGUUGCCUGAAUCCAGUUGGGUCUGAUCAAGGACGUGUCCUAGCCAUAUUAGCAUGGGCUUGAAUGGGUUUUACAGUUCAUUCAUGCGUUCAUUACCCACAUGCCAUGCACAACGUGUCAUCAUCUGUUAUAUAUAUAUAUAUAUGUUGUCAUAACCUUCUAUUCAUGUUCUUAAUUACUGUUUUCCAGUUCUUUCCUUAUUCCAUGAGUCUGUAGCAAAAAAUGAAUUAUUGUUGACAUAAAUGGUAAUUUACAGAGUUGUUCAUGCAUUUGAAUAUUUUAUUGACCAA